GCGCCAACUUCACACAACACCCCUCCCCCUUCACGCCAAACACCACAACAAACCACACGCGUGAAUUGUGUCGGCGUCUGUUUGUGUAUCCGCUGAGAGUGCCGCUCUCUGUGUGUUUGAGUGUGUGUGUGUGUGUGUGUCAACAACAACCACAAACAGCUGCUUCGUUGCCGCAAGCAAGCAAGGCUACAUACAAGUCGCCUCUUGUCUUCCUCUGUUUGUGGUGCGACAAACCCGAAAAUGAACAAGCAGAGCAAGCACGGCAGGCGAAGCAGGCGCAACAAUGUCGGGGUGUGCGUUGCGUGGUUCGUAAUGGUCGCUGUGCUUGCACUUGACGGCUACGACUCGGUGCUCAACGGAGUCGCCGCACUCACAACGCAAGAGAAGCUGAACCAACUGUGCUACCAGGUGUCGUGGGAUCUUGCCGCGCCGCGGCCAAAGCGGCAGGCCAUCCGCCCCGUAAGCAAGUUUCCGCACGGGCACGCUUACGUCAACGAGGAAUACUGCGGCGAGCAAAAGUCCCCAGGCGAUGUGAUCCCGGCUUAUGGCAAUUGGUUGUACGGCAGUACCUGCCAAAACGUCACCGGUGGCUCCGUCUUCUACGCCUACAACUAUCCGAAUGGAGCGAGCAGCAACACGGGCUUCGAGCAGUCGGAGAGCGACCUGCUGUAUUUCGUCGUCGACGAAGACUUGCGUGUGUCCUUCGUCCUCGUGCACGACAAACCUGACGACCCGACCGGCGGCAGGGUUCGCCUUGAAAUCAACAGCCCGGACCUGGCUGGGGAGGGCGUACAGGUGCUGGAGCGAGAUGAUAACACGGGCUUCUCACCAAGCUGCUUCGACGCAACAAACGACUGCUACCACUGGGACACCGACACAGGCUACGGCAACUUCUACUGGGCAUGGGCGGCGUGCUGCACGGAUGGGAUGGUGCUUGGACACAUCAACGACCUUGAGUGGCGCUUCAACAUCCGCUACUUCAAGGAGGACCUGGUGGACAUUGACAAGUUCAAGAUUGGAAACUUCCGCGAGGACGCCAACACCAUGGACUUUAUCACCCUCGACGCAGAUGCCGUGAGCACGAGCGGAGUGGAGGUGCGGGCGCUGUCGUGCGAGGCAUACUGCGCUGCCAAGACCUCCUGUGGCGAAUGUAUUGCUGAUCCGCAGUGCGGCUGGUGCGAAUCGUCUGGGUGCACCACCACCACCCUCGCGGAGACGUGUGCUGCAUCGGAGUGGCAGGAGAGCGGGUGCUGUGCCGUGUGCACGCUGCAGAACGACUGCACGUCGUGCGUCAACACCCCUGGGUGCGGCUGGAGCUACGAUCGUGCAGAGUGCUUGUCAGGCGCGUACACACAGGGCAGCUGCGAGCCGACCACGUGGUACCAGCUGCACGAAGCAAACGUGACACAGUGCCUCCACCCUCCAGGUGCCGUCUUCAACGACACCAGCGACAGCGUCGACACGGAUGUUGUAUUUGACUGGUGCAGCGGCCACGGCACGUACUCCUUUGACGACAACACGUGCACAUGCGAUGCCGGCUACUUUGGCGCGGACUGUGCACGCGAGUGCCCUGGCGGUGCCAGCAACCCGUGCAAUGGAAACGGCGAAUGCGACGCACUCACAGGCCAGUGCUACUGCGACUGCGGGUUCGCGGGCGCCAAUUGCUCCAUCACGGGCUGCCCGUGCACAGACGAGUUCUGCUUCCUCAGCGAAGAUGGUGCCUGUCCCCUCCUGUGCGGCCGCAACCUGGCAAGCAAGUGCACGGGGUCGGAUGUGCUCGAGCUGCCCGUCGCCGAUCGCCCCUCCGCCCGCAUCGCCAGUGACGCCGGCCGGUGUGCGUGCACGUCCAAGUUCUGGGGCCCAUCGUGCAACAUGACCUGCCCCGGUGUCAACGACGACGGCUCUGGCGACGUCUGCGGCGGUCUCGGCUCUUGCAGCGUGGCGGAUGGCACGUGCUCGUGCGAGCCCUGCUACGCACCCAAUCCAACAACGGGAAUAUGCGAAGACGCGCCCUGCCCAACUUGUCUGUUUGACGGCGAGUGCGUGUGUGUCAACGGAGAGAAGACGUGCAGCUGCAAAGGACAGCGCGACGGCGACACAUGUGAGCUCUGCAACUGCCUGAACGGCGGCAGCUGCAACGCCAUCACGGGCGAGUGUGACUGCGCUGCCGGCUUCUACGGAGACCUGUGCGAUUUUGCCUGCACGCGUGAGACCCUGUGCAACGGCCAUGGUACCUGCAACGGCCCGCUCAGAAGAUGCGACUGUGACGCGGACUAUGUUGGUGACGAGGACCAUCAGUGCGAGUUCUACUGUCCCGCCGAAGCCUGCCUGAACAACGGCACCUGCAGCCUCUCCAACGGAACAUGCCUCUGCCAAAUGGGCUACUUUGGCGCUUCGUGCCAGAACAACACGUGCCAGCUCGACCCGUGCCAGAAUGGCGGGGCUUGUCGCAUGGACUUUUUCAACAAGGAGUUUGGCUACACGUGCGAAUGCCAGCCGGGCUUCGAGGGCCAGAACUGCGAGGUUGACAUUGACGAAUGCCUGCUGGGCAACGACUGCUACGGCGCUGACUGCAUUGACAAAAUCAACGGAUACACGUGCAAGUGCAAGCCGGGUUACAUUCGCGUGACGCCAACGGCCUGCGUGGAGAUUGAUGAGUGCCGUGUGGGUGUGCACUUUUGCGACGAGCAUGCCACGUGCAUGAAUGUUCCUGGCGGAUACGAGUGCGUGUGCAACGAUGGAUAUGCCGGCACCGGGUUCGCGUGCUCCAACGUGGACGAGUGCGCACUCGGCACGCAUACCUGCGAUGACCACGCAACAUGCGCUGACACAGAAGGGAGCUUCACGUGCACGUGCGGUGACGGGUAUUUGGGCGAUGGCCUGACAACAGGCGUCGGCUGCCAAGAAUACUGCUGGGACAACCCGUGCAUGUACGGCGGCGAGUGCACGUUCACGCGCGACAACUACACGUGCACGUGUGCGUCUGGGUACGAGGGCACCAACUGUGAGCUCAAUGCCACCGUCUGCGCGGCUCUCUCCCCCUGCGCCCCCGGCGCCACGUGCAUCAACGGCCGCGUUGUUGCGCCGGGCGAAUUCCCACAAUUCACAUGCAACUGCUCAGCAGAGCUUGGGCAUCCAAGCUGCACUGUACUGCGACCAGCAGCUUCGACACAAACCCUGCUUGAGGGCAAGACGGCACCAUUUGUGUUCGCUGCCAUCGGCGGUGGUGCGCUCCUGCUCUUGAUUGUCGUCGCCGUUGCGCUUCGACGCCGCAGCAGCAGCAACUCCACCGACACAAAGACUGCAUCCGACAUGGCUGAUGACAGUACAGCAGCAGCAACAACAACAGCGGCGACUGUGGCACCAGGUGUUGGCGAUGCACUCAUGGCCAGUGAAGCAGACGGCAAGGCAGAGGUUCUGCACAACACAGACAACGCAGCUGUUGACGACGGCGAUGCAAGCGCUGCAGCGUAUGCGGACACGAGUCAGCUGCGGGAAAGCGUGCUGGUUGAGGAUGAGAGCGAUGACGGCGAGGACGACUAUGCGCGUGCACACGACGUUCGCGCUGGCGCUGCUAGCGAGGAUGACUACGACAACACCCGCGGCGGGAACAUGAAGAGCGAUGUGGGCGAUGAUGACGAUGACGACGACGACACAUACGCAUCAGCACACGCUGUUGGCGCGGUGGAGUCUGAGUAUGAGGACGACGAGAAUGAAGCCACAGAGCCCGCGGCAAUGGCAAGCAAGCCAGUGGCGAACACCAACGGCGACAGCCAGACCACAGCAUCCUCCUCGUCACCAUACUACGCAGUGAACAGCAACGGGAGUGUUGGGGAGCACAGCGUUCCCGUGUAUGAGGCGCUGCGACGGAACGAGUCUUCGAGCGUGCUGCUGGCUAGCACGCUUGCAGAGUUUGCCGAUAAGCAGUGAUGUGAUGCGCCCUCCUGUGCACCUGCUUUGACUCUUGCACGUGGCUGUUGACGUGAUGCUUUUUGAUUUGUGUGUGGUUUCGCGUGGGGAGUGGGAUAUGACAUUGGCUUGCGAUGUGGAGCAAUGGUAUUGGCUAGCUUUUGUUCCAACGGAAGUGCCCUCGUGCAAGGCGGGUGUGGCGGACACAUGCGCUUGUGCAAAGUGAUUGGUAAAUGGAUCAUGGCCUUGAUGUGAUUUGUCGUCUGUUUAAUUGGUGUCUGCACUGACUUGCUGUGUGGCUGUCUCUGGUCGGGUGUAAAACACGAACAGAGCCGGCAAGCACAACACCGGCAGCGGCGCUGUAAUGGCAUUGCAUUGCAUGCAAGAGCAUUCACAUACAGCAAGCAGCCCAACGCG